AUGGAACACAGAAGACCUUUCUACGCCGAGUGCCGUCUCUCACCGCGACCGUCUGUACCUGUUGACUACACCUGGUACUUCCAAGGUCGAGUCUUCUCUCGCGGUGAACGCCUCAGCAUUCCUGAACUGAACGAGAACACCGUUGGUGACUACACCUGUCAGGCACGGUUCAGGCCGACAGGCGGUUCGACUGUCGAGGGGAAGGCGACUAUUUCUCUACGCUACAAUUUUAUACCUGCGGAUUCUCUCACUGGGCAGUUUGUAGUGAGUAUUGUCCCCCUCACGCAACAAAUGGAACACAGAAGGCCCUUCUACGCUGACUGUCGUCUCUCACCACGACCAUCUGCACCUGUUGACUACACUUGGUACUUCCAAGGUCGAGUCUUCUCGCGCGGUGAACGUCUCCGGAUUCCCGAACUCAACGAUCACUCCGUCGGUGAUUACACGUGUCAGGUGCGGUUCAGGCAGGCAGGCGGUUCGACUAUCGAGGGGAAGGCGAUUAUUUCUCUGCAGUACAAUUCAUUCCCUUCGGUUUCUCUCACUGAUCCCCAGACAUACCGGGUGAGUAUUAAUCCGCUGAUCGGAAGGCCUGCACGUGGAUCACCCUUCUAUGCGGACUGUCAUCUCCAACCGCAGCCCCCUCACCCUGUUCGUCUAACCUGGUACUUCAAGGGACGCUAUCAUUCGGAGGGUCAGAGACUCAGUAUCCACGAACUGAAUGAGAACACCAUCGGCGAGUACACAUGCCAAGCAACGAUCACCACACCCACUGGUACUCCGAUGACAGUUAACGUAACGAUGCCCAUCUAUUAUGCCGCAGCGCCUUCGCCAGAUCCCGCGGGCAAGUUGUUUUUACAUGUGCAACCUUCUAUUGUACCAUAG